ACUUCAACAAGAGCAUCUGAGCAUGGACCAUGAACAACAAGAGCAGUCAAACAAGAUCAUCUUGGCACGUGUAUUGUUAUUCAGUUAUUAAUUUACCAUAACGAAAUACACAAUCUUUUGACAAGAUUAAAAUAAUUUUGUACUAGAAAAUCGUACUAAUAGAAUUUAAAAAAAAAUCUAAACAACAUUCAAGAAAAUUAAAUAAAGUACUAGUUGUUUGUUUUUUUCUUGUUUUCUACCAAAAAAUAAAAUAACAAUGGAUUAUAUGGGUCAUGUUUAUCAAAAUAAAAAUAAAAUGGCAGAUACCUACGAAGAUGAAGAAGAGAGAAAACAUUCUCAAAGAAUUGUAUCUGCUUUUAAAUAUUACAAACCACAUUCUCUACAAAGAUUAAAAAAGACUGAGAGUUAUUUGUUAACUCUGCCUUCUCAUCAUCUUAAAUUGCUGAAAAAAUAUCGACAACAUCUACAGAAUAUAAGACUGUGUAUUGAAAACAAUGAUGCAAUAAUAAAACUGAUAAUAAAAGAUGUUUCACAUAUUUUUGAAAAUGUCAAUCCAGCUUGUUCAAAUAACGACAGUACAUUGAGUCCACGACCAGUAUUGGCUGAUCAAGAAAAAGUUCAAGCAACAAUCAAACAACUUGUAAGAGAUUGGAGUAUUGAAGGUGCUGCUGAACGACAAACUUGUUAUCAACCUAUUAUUGAUGAAAUAAUUGAACAAUUUUCACCAGAUUCAUGUGAUUCAAGUGAUGUUCAAAUACUUGUUCCUGGUGCUGGACUUGGACGAUUGGCUUAUGAAAUUGCUAAACGUGGAUACACAUGUCAAGGCAAUGAAUUUUCUUUGUUUAUGCUUUUUGCAUCACAUUUUGUUUUAAACAAAUGCAGAGGUAUAAAUACAUAUCAAGUUCAUCCAUGGGUUCAUCAAUAUAUGAACAAUUUAUUAGCUGUUCAUCAAACACAAGCUGUUUACUUUCCAGAUGUUAAUCCAAGUGAUUUACCUGAAGAUGCACAAUUUUCAAUGACUGCUGGUGAUUUUUUAGAGGUUUAUACAUCAAAUAAUUGUUGGGAUUGUGUUGCAACAUGUUUUUUUAUUGACUGUGCAAAUAAUGUUGUUCAAUUUAUUGAAACAAUAUAUAAUAUUCUUAAACCUGGUGGAAUUUGGAUUAAUCUUGGUCCAUUGUUGUAUCACUUUAGUGAUAUGCCAACAGAAGAUUCAAUAGAGCCAAGUUAUGAAGUUAUUCGUGAAGUCAUUCAAGGAUUUGGCUUUAAAAUUGAGAAAGAAGAGACGAGAGUUCAAACACGAUAUGCACAAAAUGUUAAUAGUAUGCUUCAGUGUGAAUACAACAGUGUUUAUUUUGUCUGCAGAAAAUUAAAUCAAGAACUGAUUAACGAGCAUCGACAUGGCAAUGAAAAUAAUAAUGGAACAAAAGAAAGAGAUAAUAAUUAACUAUGACAAAAUGUAUUUAAAAAUUAUUAUCAUAUAGCUAUACAAAUCAAACAUAUGACUGUAAUUGAAUUUAAAAAAGAAAAAAAAAAACACUAACAAAUAUUCAAUAGCAUUAAUAGAGUGAUAAUUUACAAAGUAAAUUUAAAAAAAUUCUUCAGCAUCUAUUGAAUUAUUUGUUUUCUGUUUUUUUUUUAUUUGUACCAUUAUUAUUUUGAAUAAUAAAUACCUAUGUUUCUAUUUUUGUUUGACAAA